AUGAACAACAACGCCUCCGACCUGCACCACUUUCUCGAGGUGCCAUGGUGCGCCGAAACCCUUACAGCUCCGGAUAUCAAGUUGCUUCACGAUAUCCAGAACCCGUUAGAGACCGUCAUGAACAGGGGAGCAUUCGCAAACGGCAUUCUGGCAAUCCCCGACGGCGUCAGAGCGCAACUGGCCUACUUCCAUCAGAAUCCCCAAGAAAGACGUCCGAUCGGGGCACCAUUUCCAGAACUGUGCGUCAUGUACGAUAUCGGGCCUGGAGUAGCUGGAUGGGCUGGCCGUGGCCAUGGGGGCUUUCUCUCCUAUCUGUUUGACACAGUCGCUGGCUGGCUAGCACUUCUCAACACACACCAUGCUGGAAAGGUGCAAGGUAGCCCGCAGAUGGGUGAGCCAACCACUAUGACGGCGCGGCUCGAGGUCAACUAUCGUAAACCAAUGGUUCUGGGUGGGGUCUUCAUAGUCACGGCGACGAUCAAACAACUAAAGGGCAAAAAGAUGGAGGCGGAACCUCUAGCUAUCAUCUGGCCACUGAACAUCCCAAGCUCACGCGUCGGCGCUGACUGGCUGGUGCCAGAUAACAAGAGGUCGUGUCAGCCACUUUUGAAUGCCUGCACACCGAUAGACUUCGCAGACCAAGACAAGGACUCCACAGCCACAGCGUUGACUACAUUACCUAUUAACUAUAAGCUGGCCGUCCAAGAACGCCCCAUUGCGUCGGAGCACAUGUACUGGCGGCACGUAUUCCGGUAUCACCGGGUCAAGUGA